AUGCCCUACAGCUACUCCGCCAGGAACUGCGCUGCGCGGCCGGCCCCCGCCCCGGCGGCCCCGGCGGCCCCGGGCACCACGCACGAGGUCGACUGCCUGAGCAGCCUCUGCCUGCCCAGCUCCUUCCAGACCGGCUCCUGGCUCCUAGACCACUGUGGCCGGGAGGCCAGCUGUGAGCCUCCAGCCUGCCAGCUGACGUCGCACGUCUCUGGCCCCGGGCAGGUGCCCUGCCCUCGGCAAGCCCCCUGUGUGUCCAGUCCCUGCUCAGCCCCCUGCAGCCGGCCGCUCACCUUUGUGUCCAGUAGCUGUAAGGCGCAGGGCGGCGCCUCCGCCGCAAGUCCGCCGGCCUGCGGGGUCCCCAGGACCUGCAAGAGACCCUGCGUGUCCGGCUGCCGGAAGACGUGCUGA